AAGGGAAAUAUCACGGGACAAGUUGCGUGCUAGAGUUUCAUUAUUCCCACUCUUCAAAAGAUGUAUUUCUUCUUCUUCGUCCUUCUCUUCCUGCAUCAAUGGCUGCGUUGUCUCUGUGCUGUUAAUCAUGUCACUCAUCUCCCGGGCUUUCAUGGCGAACUACCCUUCCAUUUAGAGACUGGAUAUGUGUCUAUAGAUGACGUCAGCGGAGCGGAGUUGUUCUAUUACUUCGUGGAGUCGGAUAGGAAACCCGAGGAGGAUCCUCUCAUCCUUUGGCUAUCUGGCGGGCCGGGCUGUUCGGGCUUUGAGGGCCUGGCUUUGGAUAUGGGACCUCUUAAUUUUAAAGUUGAUAAUUUUGAUGGCAACAUUCCAACCAUAGUUGUUAAUCCUUAUUCAUGGACAAAGAUUGCUAAUAUGAUCUUCUUGGAUUGGCCUGUUGGUACUGGAUUCUCCUACUCCAUGACUGAUGAAGACUAUAUCACUGAGGAUAUUCAGGCCAAAGGAAAUAUCCUUAAAUUUCUCAGAAAGUGGUUCUUGGGUCAUCCAAAUUUCAUGCUGAAUCCUUUCUACGUGGGUGGUGACUCCUAUGGUGGGAAGAUGGCUACACUUGUUUCUCAUGACAUUGUUGAAGGUAAUUAGUUAGCCAAUUUUCUUAUAAACGUU